AUGGUGGUUUGUUCACCGGUCACCAGGGAACUAAAAGAUAUCGAUGGGAACUCAAACAUCUCGCCUAUGAUUUGGGUGCCUAACCAGCUGGUUGGAGCACCGGCUGGCACUGACGUCACGGUGGACUGCCACACCGAGGCCCAUCCCAGAGCAAUCUCUUACUGGGUCUAUGAUAACGUAAUGGUGCUCCCUACGAAGAAGUACGCCAUCAACACAGAGGAAAACUCAUAUCGGGCCCACAUGAAGCUAACGGUGCGCAACCUUCAGGGAGGUGAUUUCGGAAACUACCGCUGCAUCUCAAAGAACUCCCUCGGGGAGACAGAAGGCUCUAUCAGGCUCUACGAAAUUCCUAUGCCGUCAACGUCUCCAAAGGCUACUGAGAUGAAAAGUACAGCGAACAAAGAAAGCGUCCGUCGCACGAACGUAACGCGAUCGUCGGUACGUGAGCGUGAGCGCGAGCGUGAGACGGCGAGCGCGACGGAGCGGCCGAGCGUGGUGCGCGCACAACUCGACCGCGCGCCUGCGCCUGGCACUGCCCACGUCUACCGCGCUCAUCCGCACCACGACUCAGGUUCGAACAAGGUGCAGUGUUGGCGACAAUCUUUCCUGGCUCUCAUUGUUCUCGUCCAGAUAGAUUUCUUUGCCGAUAUCUUAAUUUGUACUUGA